ACACACAACUGCAUGCAUGUCCACCACACCCACCUUCUCGACUGCGAAUCUCCACGGCAAGAUCCAGCGAACCUAUUAUUUUUUUUUGCUGGUAAUUGGAUUGAGCUUGGUGCUGAUCUGUGAACAUCGUUCUGCAUUCAUUCAUUUCCAUUCCCACGUCCCUUGCCCCCAAAUUUCUACGCUCGUGCCUUCCUUUCUCCCCCCUCUCUUCCUUUCUUCCCUUCUCAUCCAUUCAUUCACUCACUUCUCCCCCCCUCUCCAGGUUGGAACCCGUGAGCAGCGAGCAACGACAGGUUGGAAGGCAAGGUUCGACUCGGUUCGGAGGGAAACCAGGGAGAGGAGAGCAUCUCAAGCAGAAGCAGGAACGGAACCGGGCAGCAAGCUCGAGCUUGGAUUGGCCCAUUCCCGUCCACCGCACACGGCGAUCGCCAUCCGUCUACCCCCUUCUCACCUUCAACUGUUCGGCCCUAGGGAAGGCUGAUAUCCGCCCCCCUCCUCCGCACCAUCCACCCUUCGCACAAUGUCUUCAGUGUCUUCUGUUAUAUCUGAUGAUAUGCUCAAGGCCUGCCCCACCGUCACUCACACUGUCACCACGAAACGUCGCUCUCUGUAUCAUUCGAACUCCUCCGAGUCUCUUCGUCCGGCGAUAAAACGUGUAUCUUGCUGCACGGCAGGCGUCUCUGCCACCGCAAACACCAAUCUGAAGAUGCGGUCACAUACACCAGCUAUGGAUACGGUUGAUUUCGACAACCUUCCCCCAGCAGUCAGGCGAAAAGUGAGUCUUUUUUUUUUUUCUUUUCUUCCCUCUACUUCUCCGUAACCCACCCUCCUCUCUUCAUUCCAUGCCAUUGGCCCGCAAUUGCGGUUGCCCCCAAAGUUGGAAGGAAUAGUUUACGGCUACAGAGAAUUGAAUGCUUACCUCUUUCUUUCUUUCCUUCCAGUAUUUCUCUUCCCUGGAGAGAUUGCGAUACGCACAACAACACCAAAAUCAGAAUAGCGUGUCGCGCUUACCAUUGCCCAACCAUGGGAGGACAAUGAGCUCAGCCAGUGGGAAGUUUACAAGGUUAAGGACCAAGGGCCGACCGUCGUAUGACAGCUUUCGAAGCACACAUACACCCCCUCGGCCAGCAAAGCUCUCCAAGCCUAACCCUGAGGCCAAUGCCUUCCUGCUGUCUCAGGCUGACGCUAAAUGGUAUCUUGAGUUACCGGAGACAAUCAGGAGGAAGCAUUUUUCGAAGGAGGAGCGCAUCCUAUUGGCGACUAAAUGCGAGAGCAUUAUCGUAGAUGCUGCAGACGAGGCUAUUUAUCGAAUGGGAAGGCACGCCAGCCGUAGUUUGGAUACACUUGAUAGUCACAGGUCAUCAGGAUCAGGUUUCAGGGACUCGAUAUAUGAUAGGGACGCAAGGAAUGCUGUCGAAGAUAUCCGAAAAUCUUUUGGGUGGUUAGAUGAGGAUGGUACGUUGGAUUUACGGCUGGACGAGUUUUAUUGCUCCGAUUCAAACAAGUUCGAGACCAAUCCUGCUCCCUCGAGAAUCUCUCACAAAAGGACCCUAUCCCUCUCUGGAAGGACUUUCAGAACUCAUUCAUCAACAUCCUCUGCUCUCACUAUCGGUCGACCAUCCCAGGGAAGUCGUCGUCCGACAUCUCGCGGUGCGAACAUCGCCAGACAUCAACCAUCCUUUUCUCAAAGCUUUAAUUCUAUGGAUAGCGAUGCUGCCUACUAUCAGGACCCCGAGGCCAGAUUGAAGCUUCGGGUAUACUUAGCGUCCCCUCAAAAAUUUGAUGAGGCGGUUGAAUUUGGGUUUCCUUCCACAGCAGAAUCGAAAGGGUUCUCAAAGGCUCACCCGAGAACCGCAACAAUUCGGAAGGUAGAAUCGGAAAUUGAUGGCUUGCCCUCCAGCGAGGGAGACAAUAUGUUUAACGACUUUGAUAACGUCUCGAUGGCUGUGGGCGACGUUAUGGAUUAUCAAAAGAUGCGCGACCUCGAGGACCAGACCCCGUCAACCGUGAUGCCGUCUAGGGUCAGCAACGUCAGUGUCUUUGACCCCUAUCCUCACGCCUCCCCGGGAAAUAGGGAGAUGACAUUGCGCAUGACCUUAACCCGGAAGGACCUACGUGCGGACGAGAACGAACUGUACGGGUGGAGGAAGAGUGAUCCACUUGCGCUGGAAGAUCUCCCCCCAGCGAGCGAUUCGGAUGCGGGCCAGUUUGACUGGGGCCAAAGUGGAAAGGCUUCUCAAACCGGACUCAAGAAACUGUGGCGAAAAAUGCGGGGGCUUCGGUGAUCUUGUAUAAUUCGGGUAUUGUCGUGUUUUACUCUCCUUGACCCCACUUUUCCUCAUUUCUGUUCUGUUUGAUAUCCGCGUUACGCAUCCGGCUUGGGCUACCUUUUGUAUUUUUCCUGUUCAUCGGCCAGUUCCUCGACCCAUUGAUUGGGAAUAUUGGACUUAUCUAUUGGUAUACUUUUCAUUCCAUUACUUUGCUAUUUGAUUUCUCUUGAACAGGUUGGUGGGGUGGUGGCGGCGCACGGUUUUCCUGGUUUUCAAUAUUUCAUUUAACUUCAUGCUUGUCUUUCUUUUCUUUUCUUUUCAUUUUUUUUUUUCUUUUCUUUUCUUCCAAGAUUUGUGGGGAGGUUGUGCCAACGUUUUCAUGAAUCGGGUGAAUUUGGGGGCCCUGGACACAGUUCUUUGUGUUUGUUCUUUCGCAUUCACUUCUAGAAAAGUUUGUCAUUUCAUUUUAUUUCAUUGGGUUACAUAGUUGGAAAGUGGGCUUUCUCUGGAUAACGUGGCUAGUGGGCGGUGCUACAAAUAUGGCAUUUCUUUUUUUUUUUUUUUUUUUUUUGUGGGUUGGAGUCCAUUUCUCUCUCGUCUUCUAUUCCCUCUCCUAUUGCUUUGGUCCUUUUUUUGAUACCCCUUGCCGCUUCAUCUUCACGGUUGAAUAAAUAUUCGCGUGAAUCACGUAAAAUAUUUUAGUCCAUAAUUUCUUUUUCCACUACACUUCAUCAUUCCUUUAGUUUAGCUUGUGUCCUGUUCAAGGGGUUCUUUCCUCCUCCAUUUUCUUUUUACUUCUGACAAGGGGGAGGAGGGGUACGGGAGGGUGACCUACGUACGAUACAAAUCAUUCGUUUCGUUUCCAUACUCUAGUCAUUUUAUUACCCUAGUGCCAUUGUAGCUCUCGAGAAGGAAGAAUAAUUCCCGUUCGCCAUUUAUAUCUUCUGAAGCCGCCAUCUGUACUACACUGUACGGUAGUGUGCAGAUGAAACGGGUAGAGUAUGGGAGGAGGAAUAAGACUUUGUGUUUCGACUGUUAUCGUCAUCAUCAUCGCCAUCAUCGUCACACCAUCACGGCCACCAUGAUAAAGGAAAGGUUGCCAUGCUAUGAUUGCGAUUUCCCAUCCCCUUCCUCUCUGUAUGUUACACGCGGCAGAACGUAGCUGGUCGUGCGUGCAUCCGUCUCGCAACGGUGCGAGCACCGUACUAGUACGAGUACAGUACCAGUGCCGGUACGGUACAAGUAGCAUUAACGCUGGAUCUCUCGAUUGGGUGAUGGCUGGCGCGCAGUGGGCGGUAAACGAGGGGCGCUUUAAUAGUCAGGCACACGGUAGUAGUAGAUGUGGUGAGGUCUAUAGAAGUAAGGAUACUGUAGUCUAGAGGAGGAGGAUAUUCCGGUGAUGGCGUACCGCAGAGAAUGAUUCACACCAGCAUUUUUCUUCUCGGCGUUCGUCGCUACUGGAAUUUAACUGUACUCGAGUACAGAAGGAAAGGUUGGACCACCUAUACACCGAUAGUUGCAGUGUUUUGAAAAUGUUCAAAAGGAAGGAAGGGGUUGAGGCUCUCGGUCGGAAAGGCACAGGCUGAGAUAUCCAUCAUACAGACAGCUACGGUACGGUAUUGAUGCACGAGCACUGGGCCCGAGUGCUGGCACAGUGCAGCAUAAUAUCAGCACGGUAGAGGAUAGGGUUUAAAUAUUACAAGUAUGUAAGAUUUCCCUUGCUCGAGUGGGAGCGAUACUGUGCCCGGUAUGAUACUCGAUUACCGUACCGUACUUGUACGAGUACUGUACGAGUACUUGUAUGAUGCCUAUGCAUGCCUUGCAUUCAGGGGCGCUGGGCAAGAGGACUGCAGUAGU